ACCAUCUUGAAUUUGGAUUAUUUGACAAUCCCACUUCUGACACCAAUUGUUACGAAUUUACUGCUUGCUAGUUUACUUUGUUAGGUUCGUAUCUCUGGAUUGACAAAUAAAAUCAACACUGUUUAAUUUAAUUCAACAACUCUUUAUUUCACAACUCGUCUACACUAUAGCAGUUUACUCUUAGCACUGAUUGAUUACGUUGGCGCUGCCACGGCUUAUAUAGCCACGCACUUCUCGCUGAUGCCGACGUGUCCUUCUAGAAUAUCGCGUCUGGAAAUUACCAGAACAUACGGCUAUACGGCGCCAGACGCAAGCAGACAGUCGCGGCGCCAGACUCAGCAAUUGUUUAACUAGACAAGCAGACAGUGCGGCGCCAGAUGUCUAUUGUUUCGACAAGCAGACAGCCGUGGCGCCAGAUGUCUACAACAAGACAAAUGCUAUUCCAUAUACCUACAGCUAUUGUUCAUAAUCAGGGAUGCAUAUAGCAAUACAAAUAAAACUUAAUACUACUUUUUGUAACAAUACGUUGACGACAUACUAUCAGGCAGCCACAGUAUCACAUUAGCAUGCGAAUCACUAUCGCAAGUGAUCAAAGCAUUAAGUUCAGCAGGUUUCCCUCUAAAGAAAAUUACUUCAAAUCACCCUGAUAUAAUAUAAAUUUGAAAAGGCUAGUACAACUAAAACUCUAGGAAUUCAAUGGAAUGCGAUAACAGAUCAAUUCUCAUAUACAAUUGAGUCAAUAUCUGCAAUGUCCGCCAUUACAAAACGCCAAAUACUUUCCUCGGUGGCAAAACUUUUCGACCCCGCAGGAUGGCUUUCGCCAAUAAUGAUUCAAGCAAAAAUCCUCAUUCAAGAAUUGUGGCAAGAUGGCACUGAAUGGGAUGAACAGGUAAAACCUUUACGUUUAGCGAAAUGGGUUCAAUUUGCUAACAAUUUACAUACUACAUAUAUCUGAAAUUCGAAUCCCUCGAUGGCUAAAUUUCACCCCUAACAUUAACGCAGAAUUACACGGUUUCUGUGAUGCCUCUGAAAAGGCUUAUUGCGCAACAAUUUACGUACGCACUCAGCACUAUAACAAAAUAUCUUCACACCUCUUGGUAGCCAAAGCCAAAGUUGCACCUUUGAAUACACUCAGUCUGCCACGGCUUGAACUGAAUGGUGCUCUUCUGUUAGCAAAAUUAAUUUCCAUAGUCCAAACCCAUCUCAAAUUAAACGAUCAUAAAAUGUAUCUUUGGUCAGACUCAGAGAUAGGUUUAGCAUCCUAUUGCUGGAAGACCUAUGUAUCUAACCGAAUAUCCCAAAUUUUAGACUUAGUUGGCCCAGCAAAAUGGCAACAUGUUGUAAGUGCAGAUAACCCAGCGGAUCUUGGGACAAGAGGUUGCAAGCCACUGCACCUCACCAGCACUACACUCUGGAGGAAUGGUCCAACAUGGCUAACAGAAUCACAAGAAUUCUGGCCAAAGUCUCCCGCUCGUAAUAUAAUACCGCCGGAAAGUUGGAAAAUUGAAAAUUUUCAUAUCACUCCAGAAGAGGAUGAUAUUCUCCAUAGAUUUUCGUCAUUUGCUAGAGCACUAAGAGUAGUCGCUUACAUGCACAAAUUCAUUCAAAGACUUAAACUAAAAAUUAAGGGAGCACCAAAUGACCCUUGCGUACAACUAACGCAUUCCGACUUGCAACAUGCCAAGGUCAGUCUAAUAUUAUAUACACAAACUCGCUAUUUCAGCAAAGAGAAAUCAAAGUCGCUCGAAAAGCGACCUCUCGAAAAGGGAAGCUCACUUCUCGUCUUAAAUCCAUUCUUGGAUUCUAAGGGUUUAAUAAGGGCAAAUGGAAGAUUGGCGAACUCCAGCCUUAGUUAUAACGAACGACAUCCCAUCAUUAUUCCAGAGAAAUCCCGUUUUACUUACCUAUUUCUAGCAUAUCUGCACCAUCUUACACUGCAUGGUGAGCAUCGCUUAAUGCAACAAAUGGUCCGUCAAGAAUUUUAUAUACCGCGACUAAAGCCACAAAUCAAAAGGACGAUUUUCAUGUGUAAACCAUGUACCAUGUACAAACACAAACUGCGUACGCAGAUCAUGGCAGCUUUACCACCUGAACGCUGCAACUAUGCUCUACCCUUUACCAUCACUGGGGUUGAUUUUGCUGGACCUUUCCAGAUAAAGGCCUCCAUGUUAAAUUCUUCUUCAUUUAGAAAAGGGUGUGUGGCUGUCUUUGUAUGUUUUACGACAAAGGAAGUACACCUAGAGCUUUGUUCAGAUCUGACUACUGCGGCUUUUCUUGCAGCAUUUGCACGCUUUGUCGGACGACGCGGAUUUCCUUCAAAAAUAAUGAGCGAUAAUGGGAAAAACUUUGUCGGAUCGAUUGGCAAUUUAUACCUCCAUGUUCUCCACACAUGGGCGGACUUUGGGAAUCAGCAGUAAAAAGCUUUAAGUCCCAUUUAAAGAAAACGGCUGGUAAUCAUAAAUUCAAUUAUGAGGAGUUUACUACACUACUCACUCGUAUCGAAGCCGUAUUAAAUUCAAGACCCAUAUCACCCCCCUCGCAAGAUCCCUCCGAUUUCACAGCUCUUACACCAGGUCAUUUCCUCAGAGGAGCUCCUCUUCUCGCCAUACCUGAGACAGAAGGAGACUCACUCACUUUAAUCAAUCGAUGGGAAAGAAUCAAGAUUCUCCAUCACGAAUUCAGCCACAGAUGGAAGGAAGACUAUCUCAAAGAUCUCCAUAAGAGAUAUCGAUGGAAAACGGCCCAGAAUGAAGCCAAUGCAGGAGAAUGCGUCAUCAUACAGGACGAAUGCCUUCCUCCAACAGAAUGGCGGCUAGGCCGCAUUGAAAAGGUUCAUCGAGGGUCAGAUGGUCACAUAAGAGUAGUUGAUGUUCGAACACAAACCGGCAUAUUAACUCGACCAGUCACCAAACUGUGUUUUCUUCCAAACAGCGAAGAACACCUUCAAACUAAACCGCAAAAUAACUCGCAAAAUUAAUCGAAAAAUAAUAAAUCAAUUCCGCUAAUUCGAAAUUAACACGCGUUAUAAUCCGUACACAAAAAAUAAAUUCAAACAAGCGCAUUGAAGAUCAACUUAUUAUACAUAUACAUAUACAUAUGGAUAGAUAUGUAGCUACAACAACUACAUUCUAAUAUUAUAAACAAAAUCAAUUUAAUACAAUUUUAUAUUCCCAUAGAAAUGGACGUAGAGGAGACCCAAACCACCUCCAACACCUUAAGGUCCGAAAUCGCUAUACCCAAAGCGUCGGCUGCACCCGUUGCCGCUCCAAGGACCAGGGUUAUGCGACCACCGCCAUCCGCCGAAGCAGUCAGGGAGAUGAGAGAGCAGCUAUUGGAGCCACAGGGGCCUCCAUGACCACGCCACCAUAGAGUGCUGGGCCGACGGCGCCUGUCAAUAUUGCCAGAGGCCCCAUCACACUCUAUUUCAUCGUUUCCCCGCCGAGCCAAUCCGUCGGAAAGUAACCAACACCCGUACCAGCCCUCGCAGCGAUGUUAUCCGGCGACGACGAAGCAGCCAAUCAACCACAACACGUAGACGGCCAUAUCCGCCACGCCACGCUCAUCGUCAGCAACAACGACGCUCAACAGAGUUGAGCGCUGUACUAAACACACUGCAACAGCUGCAGAGUCUCCUAGCCGAUUAACUCGCCUAGGGGGGCCGGGAUGUUCACAUGAGCUAUGAGCGUUCUGCAGCAUCCCACAUCACAUCACCACACAUCACCACACAUCACAUCACGUCACGUCACAACACCUCAUCACACAACAGGUCACAGCAUACCCCAAUACACACACGCAUCAAACACCGAUCAUUACUACAACACUGCAACACAACAACCAUACGAUCAUCAACGAGACGACUCGUAAUGUCAGCCAAUAUUCACCACCCAAACCAUCAAAAGGGAUUGACCCGACCGGGAUUGGCCUCUUACCGUUCCAUCCGCACAGCAAGAAAGUCGUCCGUGAUAUUAAGUUUUAUUAAUUUUUAUCAACCGCAAUUUCCUUUUCUAUUAAAACCGCCAAGUGACGGGAGUGAAGUGAAUCGCCGAGUUCGCCAACCGUGUGCAGCAGUGGGUUCCGCAGAAAUCCUAAAUAAACAUUCAUAUAUACAUAGGAUAUAUGCUAUAUACAUAUAUUGUGUAAUCAAACAUAAUAAAUUUU